UGAGUGAUUCAAGUGAGAGUGUUGGUGGCUAUUUAAUCCUGAUGCUUUCUGAGGGGGUGGGGUGGGUAGGUCAUGAAGAGGGGAAUCAACUCUCCGCUUCUGUGUGAAAACUUAGGAUCUGAACAGUAGUGCUUCAUACAGUGAACGCUAAUCAUAUUAUCUGAUAGUGUUUUGUGCUUUCUUCUGUGUUAUACAGUGGUGUGAAAAAAGACAAAAAACAAUAUGCUGAGAUCGGUGCAAACGGGAGCUGUGACGUCAUCAUCGAGGGAUGCAGCGGCACCCCACGUGGUGAGGAUGACCCCUGAGCAGGUCGCCGUCCUGGAGGCGGAGUUCAACAAAAUGAAGACCCUCCACGAGACCGACCUUGAACUGCUUGCUGCCGAAAUGGCGCUCAGUGAGAAGGAUGUCAAGGCCUGGUACACACAUCGUAUAGCUUCUUGGAGGAGAUCGCAAGGUUUAUCCGACUGUUUUGGAAUCAUAUAGAUAGACUAUCAUUAUCAAAUUGAAUGUAAACUAUUUUUACCAUUAAUUUAUUAAUAUUAUUAUACUAUAUUUAUUGUUUGAUUGUGAAUGAACGGUACCCAGCACCGUCAAUAAAAUGUUGUGCCCAUUUGCAGUAAGUUUACAGUGCUAAUAGUUUGCUGAAAGUACCUAUACCUAAUAAAUUUGUUGUACAAAUUAUAAUUUAUUAAAGAUUAAUAAUAAGUAAGUUUGUUAUGUCUAUUAAAACCCACAUUUCUCGUUUCAAUUUAUUUAUUUAGAAAU